UGCUUUCUUUUUGGAUUUCCUCUACACCUCCAACAAUUUUUAAAAUCUCAGAAAUAUUCUUUCAUCAUUUGAACGAAAUUACGUAUAUCACACUUUCAAAAUUGUUUCUGAGCUGCAGGAAGAAAGUACCUUUGUUAAUGGUGAAUUAGCCCAUGAUUUCGUCUUGUUCUUAUCUUUCUCUCUUUGCAACCAGACAAACAAAGAAACAAGGUGAGAAUUGAAACAGCCUAAGCUGGAAAAAUGCUGAAACAAACAGUUCAAAGGUUUGAAGGAUGCAUAUCAGCAUCAAGAAGAAAUGGUGAUGUCCAUAUGAAAUGGAAGAAACACUUAUUUGGCAAUUGGGUGAGAAGCAUGAGCAGCAAGCCCCAAAGUAAUGACAACAGGUCAACCUCGUACAGUGUUCCAAAGGAGAGAGUGGAGUGCGUAGUGAUAGGGGCUGGAGUUGUUGGCAUAGCAGUGGCAAGAGCCCUAGCACUUAAGGGCAGGGAAGUGUUGGUCGUAGAAUCAGCCCCCACCUUUGGAACCGGGACCAGUUCCCGAAGCAGUGAAGUUAUUCAUGCUGGAAUCUAUUACCCUGCAAAUUCUUUCAAGGCAAUUUUUUGUAAAAGGGGAAGAGAAAUGUUGUAUGAGUAUUGCUCCAAGCAUGAUAUUCCACAUAAACAAAUUGGUAAGCUUAUAGUGGCUACUCGAUCUUCUGAGAUUCCAAAGUUAUGUGAUAUUUUAAAUCGUGGGAUUCAAAAUGGGGUUGAUGGUUUGAAGAUGGUGGAUGGUGUUGAUGCCAUGAAAAUGGAGCCUGAAUUGCAAUGCAUGAAAGCAAUACUAUCACCUGUCACUGGGAUUGUUGAUUCUCAUUCAUUAAUGCUUUCUUUAGUGGGGGAAGCUGAAAAUCAUGGAGCAACCUUCACGUACAAUUCAACAGUCAUUGGUGGCCAUGUAGAAGGAAAUGAUAUUUGUGUUCAUGUGACAGAAACUGAGCGUCUUAAAGAAUGGAAAGGGACAUCUAUUUUGCAUCCAGAACUACUACUAAGUUCUAAACUCAUUGUGAACUCUACUGGCCUAAGUGCCCCUGCCCUUGCAAAAAGAUUUAGUGGCCUAAAAAGUGGAGUGGUUCCUCCUUCUUACUAUGCCCGGGGUUGCUACUUUACAUUAUCUAAUACUAAAGCCUCUCCUUUUAGACAUUUGAUAUAUCCUAUACCAGAGGAUGGUGGCAUUGGAGUGCAUGUUACUAUAGACUUGAAUGGUCAGGUCAAGUUUGGCCCAAAUGUUGAGUGGAUUGACAGUGUUGAUGAUAUCUCAAGCUUUCAGAAUAAGUUUGAUUAUUCGGUGAAUCCAAAUCAUGCUGAACGAUUUUAUCCAGAGAUAAGAAAGUACUACCCAAAUCUGAAGGACGGUUCCCUGGAACCUGGAUAUUCAGGGAUCAGACCUAAACUUUCAGGACCCUCACAGCUACCUGCUGAUUUUGUUAUACAGGGAGAGGACAUUCAUGGAGUACCUGGUCUUAUCAAUCUUUUCGGAAUAGAGUCACCUGGUCUAACAUCAAGCAUGGCCAUUGCAGAAUUUAUCUGCACAAAAUUUGUGGGGUGAUUCAGGCAUAAAGCUUGAAACAUGAACAUACUUGACACCAUUGAAAACCAAAUUGUUGUUAUACUUUAGCUUACUUUGAAAAAAUAAUGGCUAGUAAUUCUCAAUUUUAUGAGAAUUUAAUAAAAUAUUAUUCCAGCUAAUAAACUUUAUCAAAAGGGCAUUUAGUCUUGCAGUUUUAAGCUAUAACUGAGUACACCUUGAUUAUACAAUUGCAUAAUUACCGAAAAUGGAUCCCAAAUUAAAGUACAUUGAUAGAGCAACUUAAAUUGUAAGCCAAACUUGUCAAAAUAUACGUAAGAGGAAACAUUGGUAGAAUAGAACAAGCUGAGGAAAACUGAUUGCAUCACAACCAACUACCAGGAGAAAAAUGGCCACCCAACUUUAUCCAACUCAAAGAGUUAAGAGUCAACAGUAUAAUCCACAUGAAAACUAUGUGAUGUGAUAGCAUGAAAAAGAAUUGAGAAUUCAUUGCAAUGAAGAUAUCAAAAGAUGGCUGAACUAGUUCUGCGAAGCUGUUGCUUAGGCUCAGGUGGUGGCACAGAUGGCAAUGCCUUCUCAAUCUCCUGCAACAAGGAAUCAUUAGUCAUCCCUGUUUGAAUAAACUUCUCACUCAGCCAUUCCAAAUGUUCAAGUUAUCAGGGAAAGGCAAGUUGAGUUGUGUCCUGCUUCAAGCUCUAAGAUCCUGAAGAAGGUUCUAAGAUUAUAACAAGUUAUAGAUAUUUAUCCUGAACUACUUUCAGUUUUCAAUAAGAUAAACCUCUUGUAGAUGUAACUUGUAAGUAUAACCAUAAUAUGUGCAUUGUGUUUAAAACUGUAGAACACUUCAGACUGAGGGAAAAAAUGUUGAAGUUA